AUGUAUCAACUUGCCCGUAGAAACCCCGUCAAACCCGUCAACUCUGUCGACCCCGUCGCAAGACGUGCUGAAGAGAAGACUCGCCUACAGCACUGGCAUGUUGUACGGAGGAAAUUGCUGAUUUACAUCCUGUCAAAGUCCAAAGUUGGAUCCGAAUACGCUACAGCUACCCUCAACAGGGUGUCUAUCGGGUUUCAAUGA